CUGAAAUCAGGAGUCAGAUGCUUAACCUACUUGAUUAAGGUGUUUUUAAUUUGUUUUUAACCUCUUUUUGAAGUAGUUUAAAUGGGGGUUAAAAUGGUGGGAAAGCCUUGAGUUAACUACCUUGAAUUUUAGGACACUGGAGAGCUUUACAAGGAAUCUGCUUUGUAUAAAGCAAACAACUGGAUUCUUCCCGGAGAUAUUGGUGCUGGUACAGAUGGAGAAAGAAAAGGAAGCUUUGGAUGUGAUUGAAAGGACCCGGGAAAUGCAGUUAGUGCCGAGUGGGAUGCAUACGUAGCUGUAGCUGAGAGGAUCGCUGACUUACCCUUAUUUAGGUGACCUGGAUCCAUCUCCCAGAUCACGAGCCAAAGUUAAAGAACUUCCUCCUUCCCCUUCAUAGGCAGAACUGAGCAUUUUCUUGUGAGGAGUGGCAUCUAUGCGGAGGAAGCUGAUGGAGAAUAGUAGUUACUAGAAAUUAUUAUUUGGAGUCUGGGUUUUUGUAUUUGUUCCAGUGUCUAGCGUUUUUAAGGGCAAGUUACAAUUGAAACUUUGUUGGUGCCCUUUAAAGUUAGAUUUAAGUAUACAGCCUAUUGGGGGGUGCUGGGAUUUUUUUUUUUUUUAAGUGAGUUUAUAGCUAUUUGUUUCUAAGUGGUUUUAGCCCCAAAGGAAAGGAGAGGGACUUGCACUUGGAGGUGGUGGAGGGCCCUAUACAAACUCUACUUGAGCCUCAGAACGAUGACCAUUUCAUUACUAAAUUAUGGUCCUGAAUUUGGCAAACCUUUCAAGGCACAGGAGAUGUGUUGAGCCCCACUGAGUGUAUGAAUGACUGAUUUCCUUGUUCUCAUCUUUCCCAUCGUUACUUUUGUGAAAAAGACACUUCAGAAUGUUGAACCCUCUGCUUCUGUGCUGACAGUUUACCAAAUGGCUGAAAAGAGAAGAGAAAAUUUUAUUAUUUUUUUAAAAAUCUGAGGUGGUUAACUGUUCACAGCUAGUCGGUCUGUUCUUUUCGGUCACAGGCAUAUGACUGCUUGUAUCGGAGAUGUUAUACUUUGGGCGUUAUGGAAUUGGAAUUUCCUUUCAGUUCAGGACCCCUUUGUGACGGUGAUUUCAUCAGAUGGAAAAAUCAGAUUGUCGGCAAGAAUACGAAGAGGGAGCCAGCCUGGAUCAUUUGUUGGCAGUACAUAUUGGCUGAAGUCAGUUUUCAUUUCAAGAUGUUUUCUUCCAAUGGGCUUUUGCUGUAGGAUGUUGGAAAACCAAGAGCAGGAGGAGGUGAUCACUGUGCGUGUUCAGGACCCCCGCGUGCAGAAUGAGGGCUCCUGGAAUUCUUAUGUGGAUUAUAAGAUAUUUCUCCACACCAACAGCAAGGCCUUUACCGCCAAGACGUCCUGUGUGCGUCGCCGCUACCGUGAGUUCGUGUGGCUGAGAAAGCAGCUACAGAGAAAUGCUGGUUUAGUCCCUGUACCUGAACUUCCUGGGAAGUCAACCUUCUUUGGCAGCUCAGAUGAGUUCAUUGAGAAGCGCCGGCAAGGUCUGCAGCACUUCCUGGAAAAGGUCCUGCAGAGUGUGGUCCUCCUGUCAGACAGCCAGUUACACCUCUUCCUGCAAAGCCAGCUCUCGGUGCCUGAGAUCGAAGCCUGUGUCCAGGGCCGAAGCCCCAUGACGGUUUCUGACGCCAUUCUUCACUACGCUAUGUCAAACUGUGGCUGGGUCCAGGAGGAGAGGCGGGGUUCUUCUCACCUGGCUAAAGGAGACCAGCCUAAGAGUUGCUGCUUUCUUCCACGAUCGGGCAGGAGGAGCUCUCCCUCACCACCUCCCAGGGAAGAAAAGGACCAUUUCGAGGUGUGGGCUCCCGUUGUUGACUCUGAAGCUCCUUCCUUGGAAGGCCCCCCUCUGCCACCCUCCCCCUCGCCAUCAUGCUGUGAUUUUACAAGACCUGAUGAGGGGACGUCUGCUCCUCAGCCAGUGAGGAGGGCCAUGGCAGGGGACCAUGCUGUGCCUUUGGACCCUGGGCAGUUAGAAACGGUUGUGGAGAAAUGAGCUCUGGUCUGAGCCCUGGGUUCUGCUCCGAGGCGGCAAGGGGACUUGCUGGGGUGGGAUCGGGCACAGGGUAGGUGUGGGCGGUUGGGCCACUUAGUGUCUUACGGUUGCCUCUGCUCAGGUUGGUUGCACAGAGGCGGGUCGCAAUAGCUCCUCAGGCUUCCUCCGCAGGAUUAAACACUGUACAGUUGUAAGGUAGGCGUAAGGCCCGCGGGCUGUUGGUUUUGCACGGAAACACUGGGCGGGGGGUGGUAUAUUUACUCCCCUGGGAGCUGAGUUUCUUUGGAUGUUCGUUAAUGGACCCGAGAGCAUUGCCUCAGGUGACUGGUUUUGGGGACCUGCAAGUGGCAGAUUUUAAGCUGUCCUGUUGCAUACUGACCCAACAGAAACACUUGCGUAGUUGUAUUCCCGGGGGCUGUGUUUUUGCUGCGGCCCUUGGAGCACUUUGUUUCUGGGAGGCUGGCCUCUUGCCUGCCUCCUUUGGUGGACCAGGCGGUGAAUGUUGAUUCUCCCACCCCCUCGCUUGCCUUCCUUCACUAAUCCCACGGAACGGAACAGUGCUGUGACUCCUCUGUCGCCGGGGUUUCCCGCAUAUCCUGAGACCUCAGUCUCACCACGUGGGGCCUGAGCUCAUGGCCAUCUGCGGAAGAGAAGCGGUCGGUCACAGCCCGAGGAAAGGCAACGGCUCGGGGUUUUGUUUUAGAAAAGGCUGUCCUGGGUCCUGCGCUGUCGCUGUCUUUUCCAGUUACAAAGCAGAGAUGUGACUGUGUUUUCUGCACGGUUAGCGUGGGCUCCUUUCUUUUUCGAAUCCUUCUCUUCUCCCUGAGUAAUAGCCUCCUGCCCCCGGGGCUUCAGCUACCACGGUGUCCCUCUGCUGUUUUGCAGGGAGGCCGUAUGUUCAGUCCAAUGGGGCGCAAGGGCUUUGUCUGUGCCUGGAGAGAGGGCUCUGGGGAUGGAGGUGAGGAACGACACGCCUUCACACAAUGAGGCAUUCUGCCCUCCUGCUGCCAUAAUUCCUCUCCGUGGAGAGCCGAGCGGCUAGGAGCCCAGUGCCGCUGGCGGUGUGCAUUGCGUGGCGCUUAGGUGUGGGUGUGGGUGUGGGUGUGCUGUUCUCCUCUCGCCCACCCCCCCCUCCUCUGGCCAGCCCGCCCUGUCUGCGGGCUCCUUUAACACCAGCCUGUGCUGUGGGACUGUCAUGGCAUUUAGUUCAGAGUUGAGGGGCUUUGGCCUGAAAUAAAAUUCCAAGUAUUUAA